AUGCUACCUCUCAGCACCAUCGAGGGCCAGGAAACGGAGGCGGUGCAGACCAAGCCGCCGGAGAAAGGAGUCCUGCUUUCUGAGAAUCCUGAUGAUCCACCAAAGAAGCCCAUCAGAAUGAAGGGAACAAUGUUAUUCAGAGUCCUGCCGUUCUGUCCUGUGAUUCCCUGGACAUCUUCGGAGCCAGCGCUGCGCGGGCGCCAAGGACAAGCCCCGAGCAAGCCCGCCCGCUCCUGCCCAGCGGCGCAGCCAGAACCCGGGUCCGGAGGGAGCCCCUGUGGUGUCACGAUGCUACCUCUCAGCACCAUCGAGGGCCAGGAAAUGGAGGAGGUGCAGACCAAGCCGCCGGAGAAAGGAGCCCUGCUUCCUGAGAACCCUGGUGAGUCGCGGAAGAAGUCCACCGGAAUGAAUGGAAGACUGUCAUUCAAAGUCCUGCCAUUCUGUCCCAUGCCAAGUGUUUGCUUCACCUAUUACUUGGAACCGGAUGACUCUGACUCUGAUUCCCAAUUUCCUCCUGAACCUUCGAAACCUGACCCAAAUUGCACCUUUGUUCCUCUGCCUGUGUUAGAGUUCCAUGAAAUCAAGGUGUGUGAAUGUCCCCUGUGCUGUCUCAGCUUUGUCACUGCCUCCUAA